GAAAAAGAAAUUAUUAUUUUAUAUAAUAAUAAAUUGAAAGGUUUUUAUAAAGAUUUCCAAAAUAACAUUUUAAGAGGUCAUGUACUAUUUCAAAAUAAAGUACAUUAUUCAGACAAAGAAGAGUUUUAUAAGAAUUUUAAUCCUUUUAAUUAUUUAUUUUUUUUUAAGAAAAAAACAGGAAGGGAUAAUUUACUUAAUAUAAAAAAUGGGUAUAAAAUUGAUAUAUUUUUAAUUUUUCUUUAUAUGAAUAAUGAAUAUAAUGACAAAUUUAAUUUUAUUCAGUUAGUUACUGAAAUAUUUAAUAAAAAUAAUAAUGUAAUGUUUAGAAAUGAAAAAUUAUAUAUCAAUAAUAAUAAUUAUGAAUUUAUAAAGAAAUUACAUUUAUUUUUAAAUGCUCCUUUUUAUUUUUUUAAUAUAUUUAAUAAUAAAACAAAAGAAAUUCGAUUAGUACAUGAUUAUAAAUAUACGCCGAAUUUUUAUAAAAUUCAAUAUAUAUAUAUCCACCCAUACAAAUAUAUAAAGCUUCUAUUGUUAUACUUGUCUAUGUUAAUUUUAUUUAUUAUUACAUGUAUAAUUAUCCUUUUGUGUUUUUUUUAUUUUUUUUUUUUCUUGAGCUUCAUCUUGAUAUUUUUCAACACUAUCCUUUUUUUUAUAUUGAGCUGUUAUUAUUAUUUUAAAAACGGAUUAUAA